AUAAUCAAGGAUAUUAUCUUGAAAAUAUUUUGUAAUGUUAUAGGAGACGUUCAAAGGAUCCAUUCUAGAAAAAGGAGUCCAGAGGAAAGAAGAAAGAAAAUCAUCAGACAUCAGCAGUCGAACACAAGGAAGAAACAACAUGAAUGUUCCCAAUGUUUCAAAACCUUUGCCUCACCUUCCGCUCUUGCAAUUCAUCAACGAACACACACAGGAGAAAAGCCCCAUCAAUGUUCUCAGUGUGGAAAGACUUUUAGCCGUAUUUCUAGUCUCAAGAUGCACCAGAUGAUCCAUAGUGGGGAAAAGCCAUAUCAUUGUUCUCAGUGUGGAAAGACUUUUAGUCAAAUUUGGAAUCUCAAGACACACCUGAUGAUCCACUCUGGAGAAAAGCCAUAUCAGUGUACUACAUGUGGGAAGGGUUUCAAAACUAGCCAUGAACUUAGAAUCCACAAGAUGACACAUACUGGAGAAAAGCCACAUCAGUGUUCUCAGUGUGGAAAGACUUUUAUUCAGAUGGGUCAUCUCACGACACACCAGAGGAUCCACACUGGGGAAAAGCCAUAUCAUUGUUCUCAGUGUGGAAAUGCUUUUUGUCAUAUUUCUAGUCUCAAGAAGCACCAGAUGAUCCAUACUGGGCAAAAGCCACAUCAGUGUCCUACAUGUGGGAAGAGUUUCAGGAGUAGUGAAGAACUUAGAAUCCACCAGAGGAUCCAUAGUGGGGAAAAGCCACAUCAGUGUUCUCAGUGUGGAAAGACUUUUAUUCAAAUGAGUCAUCUCAAAAGACACCAGAGGAUCCACAGUGGAGAAAAGCCAUAUCAGUGUUCUCAGUGUGAGAAGGCCUUUACUGAAAUGGAUAAACUCAUCAGACACCAGAGGAUCCAUACUGGGGACAAGAACAUCACCAAAAUACAUGAUAUAUGCAAAGACUGAAAUAUCACCAACCUUCACAUGCAAUGAAGAAAGUAACGUAUUAAUAGAAAUUAAAGAAGAAGAAAUCCAUCAUCAUUUUUAUUUACAUUUAAUGGCAUGCAUUUUUGUUUGUUGGCUUUAAGUUGUGCUUAACUCAAACAAAUUGACAGAUUUUUUGAGAGAUACUAAGGGAAUGUCUUUACCAUGGACUACUAAGAGCUUUGUAUUUCUGCUUCUUCUGGCCUCCUAAUGGUGGUAUACGGUAAUGCACAGUCUGUCCCGGCCACUGCCAUUUCCUCAUGUCCCAUUCGUUUAGUGUAAAGUGUGUGAAGGAUUGACAACUGCAUUGAAGUUAACUUGAUGUUAGAAAUUUGAUUGAUAUCCACAAGAUAGGUGGAUCUGUGCCU